AUGGCAAAGCUUUUAGAUGGCAAAGCGUGCAGUAAAGAGAUUGAAACGGAGCUGAAGAAGUUGAUCCCAAGUCUCACAGUGACGCCGACGCUCGCACUCUUGCUCGUUGGUAACCAUUCGGACUCUAAGACAUAUGUGCGGCUCAAGAAAAACGCGUGCACCCGAAUUGGGAUCACGGCCCAAGUGCACGAAAUGUCCGAGUCCAUUACGGUUGAGGAAGUGCACGCUCUCAUUGACGGGCUUAAUGCGGACGCCAACGUCCAUGGCAUUCUACUGCAACUGCCUCUACCCCAGCACCUGAAACGUCAUGAGACGGAGCUCUUGGAGACCAUCAGUCCGGUGAAAGACGUGGAUGGACUCCACUCGUACCAUUUUGGUCGAUUGGCAGAGCCAAGGAAAACUGAGGAUGGAGCAGCAAAAAGGACGUUGUCCUUGCAGCCCUGUACACCUGCGGGCUGUUUGGAGCUCCUUGCCCGUAACGGAAUUGAACUGGAGGGCAAAGAUGUGGUUGUCAUCGGCCGUGGCCAACUUGUUGGCCUGCCGCUGUCGCUCAUGCUACUGUCUGCAAACGCCACCGUGACGACUUGCCACUCAAAGACCAAGAACUUGAAGGAUAAGGUCCAACAAGCAGAGGUUGUGUUCGUGGGUACUGGUCAACCUGAACUUGUCAAAGGUGACUGGCUCGCUGAGGGAGCGGUGGUCGUGGACAUCGGUAUCAGCUACGUCGACGAUGAUUCUUGCAAGAAAGGGUACAAGAUUGUAGGCGAUGUUGACUUUGCUGCAGCAAAAGAGCGCGUCGCAGCCAUCACACCUGUGCCAGGUGGUAUUGGACCCAUGACGGUUGCCAUGCUGUUGCGAAACACGGUAGAGUGCGCCAAGUUUGCAGCGUUGAAGUGCUGA